ACACUAUAUAACAAGUUUUCCCUUCUAAUUAAUUUCCAUCGGAAUCAUUCAUAAAGUCUUCUCUAACCGCUUAGUUUCAAUUAUCAACAUCAUCUCUCGCUCUGUGUGUUAAUUAAUUUGCUCUUCCAAUGGACGCUUUCGCAUCAUUUUUCGAUUCGCAAUCAUCGUCAAGAAAUCAGUGGUCGUAUGACUCUCUCAAGAAUUUCCGCCAGAUCUCUCCUCUUGUCCAAACUCAUCUCAAGAAGGUAUAUUUGACCUUAUGCUGUGCAUUGGUUGCAUCAGCUGCUGGAGCAUACCUGCAUAUCUUAUGGAACAUUGGUGGUCUUCUAACAACUUUUGCAAGCAUAGGAUGUAUGGUUUGGCUUCUGUCUCUUCCUCCAUAUCAAGAGCAAAAGAGGAUGUCUCUGUUGAUGGGGGCUGCACUCUUUGAAGGAGCUUCAAUUGGUCCUCUGAUUGAAUUAGCUAUUGAUUUGGAUCCAAGUCUUCUGAUCACUGCAUUUGUGGGAACUGCGGUGGCUUUUGGCUGUUUCUCAGCAGCAGCUAUGCUGGCAAGGCGUAGAGAGUACCUUUAUCUUGGUGGUUUGCUGUCAUCUGGUGUGUCCAUCCUCAUGUGGUUGCACUUUGCAUCUGCCAUCUUUGGUGGAUCUGCAUCCGUUUUUAAGUUCGAGUUGUACUUUGGUCUUUUGGUGUUUGUGGGCUAUGUGGUGUUUGACACCCAGGAUAUCAUCGAGAAAGCUCACCUUGGCGAUAUGGACCAUGUGAAGCAUGCUCUCAACCUUUUCACUGACUUUGUUGCUGUGUUUGUGCGAAUUCUCAUUAUCAUGUUGAAGAAUUCAGGUGAGAAGAAUGAGAGGAAAAAGAAAAGAAGAGACUGAGCAUAAGAGGGGGUGUUAGCUCAUGCGGUGCUGCAGUAUCUUCUGUUUUAUUUUUUUUCUCUGCGAGACUAAUCAAUGUAAUUACUUUGUGAACCGUGUAACUGCUGGUAGUUAUGUAUGUGCAUAAUAUUUGUGUCUGAUUUUGGAAAAAUCCACAAAACUUGUGAUCCAGCGACUAUAGGCACCUGUGAUUGCUGUAUGUUGGGAUUUACAUAAUUACAUAAUUUUACCAGUUACUCUUAUCUUAA